AUGCAAGGCAGCCUUCGUCUGCAGCCGAUACUCGGCAUCUCCAGGGCUCGCCACAUGGUCGAGUUCACUGGCCUGGCCUCGAGGGUACGCUCCUUCGAGCCCUCUCGCGGCGGCGGCCAGCGCUCGGGGCUCAAGGUUGUGGUGGAGAAUGUCAAUGUGUACGAGGGGCAAUACAUGCGAGUGGAGCGGGUGGUGCCCGACGAGCGCGGCGCCGAAGCCGCGCUCCUGGAACAUUGCUCCUCGGCCGUUGACGCCACCCGCUGUGACAACCUGUCGAGUGUGAAAUCAGCCGCAACAAGCGUGCUUCCGUGCGAGGAUUACGUGGGUAUCACCGCAACAAUCUACCGUCCCUUCACGAAGCCGAUGGUACUAGCAUGGGAGGUCAUCUGGCUACCGCGAGAGCGACCCAACUCGUCGACAUCGUCCGAUGAUGGUGCCUCAAAGUCAGCCUUCGGAGGCUAUCGUGGGGCUGCCUAA